AAAAGGAGGCAAACCAAAGAUAAAGUAUGGGAUUAUUUUAAAGUAAUAGAUGUUCCUAAUAAUUUACACAAAGGGGCACAAUGUGUUUUUUGCUCACUAUCUUGGAAACGUGGCAAACCAACUGAUAUGAAAGCACAUUUGACUUUGAAAUGUCCUAUGGUUAAUCAUAAUGUCAAACUUGAAUAUUUACGUAAAAUAUCAAGUAAAGAUUUAGAACAAACCAUUCAAAAUCAAUCAGAUGAUAAUGAUAAUAAUAUAGCUGAUACUGCAAAAAUCAAUAAGGCUUUAGAUUUUGUCAAGAGUUUAUGCUAUAAAUAUGAAUUACCAGAACAAACAACUUUAUCAGGUAACUAUUUGGAUACAAAAAUAGCAAAUAUCACAUUAAAAGUCAAAGAAGAAUUACGCUUCUUAAAAAAUUUAACUUUAGCAAAAAGUGCUAUAACUGCUCUUAAAUUUGAUAUUACCACAUUGGCUAACUGUUUUUUAGAAUUAAUCAAAAUAACACGAGCAAUAUCACAAAUUUCUUUUAUUCAAAAUUCAGAUUUUAAAAACAAAUGUAUUGCUAUUUUUAACAAAAGAUGGAAACAAUUUAAUACAGAAGUUUAUUUACUUGCUUUUUUUCUUCAUCCUAAAUAUCGAGGAACUUGUUUACAAAGAAAUGUUUCUAAACAUAUAUCAAAAAUAGCACUUAGUAUUUGGAAGAAACAAUUUAGUGGAGGUAUAAAUAGUUUUAAUCUUUUAUAUAUACAACUUAAUCUAUACCGAAAUAAAGAGGAUCCUUUUAAUGAUCCAUAUAUGGAAAAUAUGAAUAAUCCUAUCAAUUGGUGGACAUUAUAG